GGGGGAAACUCUGGCCCCGUCCCGUUCUCCACGUUUAAUGAGCGCUCCGAUCAUGCAGGAGUAAAAGUCCAGGUGGAACAGUUCAGCGCCUGCACACACGCCCGCUGGUUCAACGUUGCUUUUCAAUGAAAGAGUGAGGAUUUCGGGGGGAAACUGCGCAGGGAAUUACUUUAUUUUAACGUCUGGAGGAUUAUUCUUCUCAGGUUGGGAGAUUAGACAAGGACAUCUGACUGACCUGCUGAACCGACACACCACCCAUCAUGAUCAGAGCAUCACUCACGGCCAUUUGUCUCGCGCUGCUCCUGUCCUGUGCUUGCUGGGCCAAGCCUAACGGAUCAAAGAACAAGAAACCAAAGCAAGUUAUUCCAGCCAUAGAGUGUGAUGUCAGAGCAGGAAAGAUCAAUCUCCCAGAGUUCAUAGCCAAAUGUCCCGCACACUGUAAGGAGACAAAGCAGCAAGUCUAUGGGACAGGCGUGUUCGCCUCCAUCUCCAGCAUCUGCAACGCAGCCAUCCACAGUGGCGUCCUCACCAACACAGGAGGAAAGGUGAUAGUUAGGAAGAUGGCGGGGCAGAACAUCUACAAAGGCAGUAAUUCCAAUGGAGUGCGCUCUCUGUCUCUACCCAAGUGGAGGGAGUCGUUCGUCAUCUCAGUGGGGAAGCCCAAGAGAGGAGUGAUCUACCCAUCUACUCUGGACUACGUCCCCUCAAGACCAACCUAUGUGAAAACGAGUCAAAAGGAGGCCAUAUCCCCCGCGGUCACCACAGCGCUGCCUACGACUACAGCACCUGAACCCACCACAACUACUACACCUGAGCCCACCACCACCACCACCACCACACUGGCUCCAACCACUACCACCACCACCACCACAACUACUACCAAGCCUCGUGCUGCUGUCCAUAAAGUUAGGGAUGCAGGUCUGCGCAGACCGGAGGCAGGGUCGGCUAUCAGGAGACAACCAUCCUCUCCAGUUGCCCCAGCUUUUAACAGGGUUCAGCCGGCUUCACCCGAGAGGACUCCAACCAUGAGUCAGUCAAACCCCGCUUUUCCCAGAAGGGAUUGGGCACCUCCCUCCUUACCUCGUCCUGAUUGGUUCCCAGAAGCUCGACAACCAGCAGAUGUUAGUUAUGCAGCUCCAGACUCAGGAUACACGUGGAGUGAGACGGACACACCUGAGAUUACAGCUCGGGAUCACAGGCCUGAUAUCUCAGAAUAUGAGCGCUGGUUUUAUAACUUUGGACCGUACCUUCCUCGCUCCACUGACUCAGAUGGCCACCGUAAAGUGCCAUUGGAUACAACCCAAACUAGAGUGGAGCCAGUGGACGCUUGGAAGCCAGACACAAAUCCUUAUGAAUCAGGCUUCAACGUGAGGGAGCAGGAACCUGCACCCAGAGCACCUGAGCUUGUGUCAUCACAAGGAGACCCAAAUUGUAUGGUGGACCUGGCCUUCCUGAUGGACGGGAGCUGGAGCAUUGGGAAGAGGCGCUUUAAGAUCCAGAAGGACUUCCUGUCUGAGGUGGCUCAGGUUAUCAGCGUGGGUGUGGCUGGACCCAUGAUGGGCGUCAUCCAAUACGGGGAUGACGCUGUGACAGAGAUCAGUCUGAGGUCUUACUCCAACUCCAGAGAGGUGAAGUCAGCCAUAGAAAAGAUUGGGCAGAAGGGAGGCCUCUCCAAUGUAGGAAAGGCCCUCUCUUACAUCAACAAGCACUACUUCAGUGACGCCAAUGGAAACCGAGGCGCAGCUCCCAACGUCGCCGUGGUGCUGGUGGACGGCUGGCCCACUGACAAGGUGGAGGAGGCCUCUCGGCUCGCUCGCGAGUCUGGCAUCAACAUAUUCUUCGUCACCAUCGAGGGCCCUGAUGACAACGAGAAACAAAACCUGGUUGAGACCAACUUUGUUGACAAGGCUGUGUGUCGGACCAACGGCUUCUUCUCCCUGCCCGUGACCAGCUGGUUUGCUCUGAGGAAGGCCGUGCAGCCCCUGGUGAAGAGAGUGUGCGACACAGACCGCCUGAUGUGCAGCAAAACCUGCCUCAACGCCGCCGACAUCGCCUUCGUCAUCGACGGCUCCAGCAGCGUGGGAACCGGAAACUUCCGCACGGUGCUGCAGUUUGUGGCCAACAUCACGCGGGAGUUCGAGAUCUCUGACACCGACACGAGGGUAGGAGCUGUGCAGUACACCUACGAGCAGAGGCUGGAGUUGGGCUUCGGCCAGUACAACAACAAGGCCGAGCUGCUGAACGCCAUCAAACGCAUCAACUACUGGAGCGGCGGGACGAGCACUGGUGCCGCCAUCACCUACGCUGCGGAGCAGCUGUUCAGCAAGUCCAAACCCAACAAACGCAAGAUCAUGAUUGUCAUUACAGAUGGGCGCUCCUAUGAUGAUGUCAGGGUUCCUGCACUGGCUGUCCACCGUCAAGGUGUGAUCGCCUACUCCAUCGGCAUUGCCUGGGCAGCCCAGGAUGAGCUGGAGUACAUCGCCACAGACCCUGACAAGGAGCACUCCUUCUUCGUGGACGAGUUCGACAACCUCUACAAAUUUGUGCCCAAGAUCAUCAGCAACAUCUGCCAGGAGUUCAACUCCCAGCCCAGGAACUGAGGCCAGACGGGUGGAGGGGAGGGGAGAUCCUGGGCCGUCUUAACAGAACACUGUUUGUAAAUUGACUCACUCUGUUGCCCAGAUGGCGGCGCUGGAUUGGCUGCAGCGUCCCAUAUUUGAACAGGGAGGGGUUUUGAAUUUAGGUGAGGAUAGUGGGUUCUUAAAGUGAAUCCGCAUACGGUGCUAACGGUAAAGGGUUUGCAGUCACAGUGACGUAUUGACGUCUCACGUUUACUGUGGUGCCUGUUCUCUGUUGGUGCCAUGAAGAGAACAGAUUAUUACUAAUCAUUUAAUAAGUCAUCCUUUAAUUAAGGUUUAUAAGUUGUAAAUAAGGGUUUUUAUUUAUGUUAGGGUUGUGAAAUAUCCCCCGACAUGAAACUUUUUUAGCUUUUUAUUUCCCUUUUUAGUUGACCCCUGACCUUCUGUAAAAGAGCUGAACAUCUGGACCAAAGUUUUUAGCAACUUUGAAUUGUUUACUAACUGACUAUUUGAUGACCUCUGCUAACUAUACAAACAUGUAGAAGCAGGCGGCAUGGUGGAGGAGCCAAAGGGAGUUUUGGCAACCCAAAAGUAAAAGCACUCAAAUACAUCUUACAGAACCUUUACAAAGGAUGCCUUAUUAUGAAGUGGUUCACACUAACAAACAUUAAGCUACCUUACUGGGAUAUGGUGCUUGCAAUUGUAGAUUUAAAGCAUGCCUAGCACUUCCUCUUCUGGCUUAACAUACUUCAUAAACUUAAUAAUAUGGUGCUUUUUAUACAAUUCUCUGUAAAGAGGAUACACUUUCUUAGAAUUGGUGCAUAUUAAUCUUCCUAAUAGGAGAGAUGUGAUAGUAGGGACAUUGCUAAAGUUCCUCUCAACGACUAUGGUGCUGAUGUUGCUGUUGGUAUGAGCGGUAGCUGAAAUAAGGAUUAUGUGAAAGGUCAAAUCAACAACACGGAACAAAGGAUUGGACUUGUGUGAGGAAAGAGGAGCUUGUAUAUCUUUGUAAAGAGUGAAAGCAGUUCAUCGCAUCACUCUGGUGUUUUUUAACAGUGUGGUUGCUUCUAACGUUGCAGGCAUUUCUCAGUUUUGAUGAAAGAGUAUUUAUGAUUUUCUUCCCGUCAUAUCCUGUUUGUACAUAUGCAUAUUAAAAGCCUUUCGCUUAUAAUGUUCAUAAUU